AUGUACUUGAAUGUCACUAACACUUUCCUCGUCUUUCUUAGUGGUGAAUCAACAUGUGCUGCUUCAAAAUUUGAAAGACAGGGCCACCUAUCAAAUGACAAGAACAAGGAUCAAGCCAUUGAAAUAGCAGCCAUGGAGAUCAAGCCUGCUGGUGUGAAUAUAGAGACUGAAAGCAUAUUAUGUUGUCUACGAUCACAUUGUGGCGAAGAUUCCGAUGAUAGCCUUUUCACGAUUGGUAUGGAUGUUAUUGUCAAGCAAUUUGAGGAUCUUGUAAUUGCAACCAAGGCCCAUGAGGUAAACAUGUUUCUGCUAGCAGACGCUACAGGGGCACAUUCUAAUUAG